AUGCCCCUUUGGGGGCAUCUCCUUUCAACCGCGGCUCUUUUUUGGUUGUCGUCAGGCAGCCACGCGGAGCCAAAGUGUGAUGAGCCAGCCGAAGCCAGCAGCCCAGCAUUGCUCCAGUCCAAGCGCUUUGCAGGGUCUGGGCGGAUCCAGUUCUCCGAUGGGUUGACUGGGUCAUACGAUUCUGCGCCAAGCUUCGCAUGGCUGCAGAACCAGUCCAAGACUCUGGCGCCUCAAUGCCAGCGCCGAAAGCAGCCUCCCACGCCGCUGGCCGCCACGGAGAAGAUCCAACACAUCCGGAACGAGAUGCUGGUGGCCAGGAAUCUCGCAAGAUCGUGCAAUGGCAUUCCUUUGGUGGCGUACCAUGUGGACACCUCGGAGACCACAUGCUGCCCCACGGAGUCCUUGGAGUGCGCUGGCUGUGCCAAGUACUCUGGCAAGUGUGAGAAGUGCCGCGGGGGCUUCGUAACUGUGGCCAAUCGCUGCGUCUCCUGCCUCAGCACCGUCGGCUGGACCAACGAGCUGAACCAAACCUGCGACGCCCUCACGGUAGCCGACUGUAAUGACCGGCCGGUGAACGGGCAGAGCAACAAGCAAGCCUGCUGCCUUUGCGGCGGUGGAGUGAAGAGCCCCACACCCUUUCAGUACCCGGACGCACGCUUCGUCGUGGGUGCGGAUGUAGUGCUGAAGCCACUGCCCCGCACUGCCGCGCGGUAUUCCGUGAACUCGGACUGCGCCUUGGCAGCGCACAACCUCACCUUGGAUGGCGAGACUGGGGCAAUUUCCUACGCUGCCAACAAGUUGAAGCCUGCAAAAGCUUUCUCAGUGCAGUGCGAGGUUACUGCGCACCAGGACGUGGGCUUGGAGGAAACCGUCAAGGUCUCGGUCAUCGUGGACAGUAUGACCUACGGCUCGGGGGCCUUAAUCUUCGACACGGUCACCAAGUACUCAGUGGCCACUGAAACCUCUGAGUGGAAGGACUUCAGUAAGAUUUGUGCUCCGGAUGCCCCGUGGCUCUCCAUUUCCGCGGCUGGUGAAGUGUCCUUGUCUGCGACGAGCAUCGCUGGUGCCGUCACAGACACAGAAGAGGGUGAGAAUGAGUAUAAGGGUAUGGAUGGAGCUGUUUGCGUUGUGUCGGCCUUGCAGAAGUCGAACGACAAGAGUACGGAUGAGGAGUUUGUGAAGCGCAGCACCACCUUCGCGGCCAUCAGGCCGCGGCCUUGGCCGGCCAUCACGUACGAGGCCAGCUACGUGGAGGUGGUGGCGGGUGAGGAGCUUCCCCCGAUGAAGCUCCAGGUGCCAAGCGGCUUCGAGGAGGGCAUGGGCGGCCUCAAGCCGAGCUCUUUCCACAUGUCUUGCGUUGUGGAUGGCAAUUGGAACAGCCCACGCCCUUCGCCCACCUGGUCCUUCGACACUGUGUGGGGUGUCGGCUUAUUGGGGGAGCACUCCAUCUUGGAGAUCCUGGCGGACGGCACUAUCUCACUCGCGCCAGCCGCCACAAUGGCUAAGCUGUUUGACGGGGAAGAUGAUGGGAUCCUGGCAGGCAGCCAACAGAGGAAGUCUGUUCAGCUGAGCUGCGGUGUGUGGGGUUCCUUCCCCGGCACAGAUUUCCAGCCAGUCAAAACACCCCUGGUGAUCCGCAUCAAGGAUAGCAUGUGCUGGAUCUCAGAGACAAUCCAGGGCCAAGUGGUUCAUGAGGUCACCAUCCUUGACGAAGCCACCUGCCGCAACAACUGCCGUAUGUCCAAGCGCUGCUCCCAUUACACCUUUGCUCAUGACAAAUGCAAGCACUGGCGCAUUCAGAAUGAGGGAGGAUCGCCAGUGACUGCUUUCGCAAAAGUCACUGACUGCAGCGAUUUGAACACAUGCUUGCGGCUGAAACAUCCUGAGUGGGUUGUGGCGGGCGACUAUUGCCCAGUCGCCUAUGACUUCCAACGUGGAGGGCCCGUGUACCGCAAGGACAGCACCGUCAAGCAAGAAGUCAUGUUUCUGAGCACCGUGCUUCCGGGCUCAACUUCAUCUUGCGCAGUUGGCAAGUGGCUCGUGCAGACUGCCAGUGGGGAUGACUUCGUCGACUCAGAUAUGGGCUACUUCGAGCUCAAGGGCAACGAGCGUGCUUGCCUGGAUGCUGGCUUGCCGAGCAGCGGCACGGGUAUGAGCUUGAACUUGGCCACGAUGGCCUGUGGCAAGCCUCUCUUUCCCGAAGCAGAGGAGGACGGCAACGGCAGCUUUAUUCCUCCACCCUUCUUGAUCGUCUCUGGGCAGUUUGCAUGCCCCUCCCGGCAGCUGAUGAAGGGCGCGGCCGGCAUCCACUUCGAGUCGGAGGCCGAGAGCAUGGAGCCCUCAGACUGCCAGGACGGCUUCAAGCGAGAGGAGCGAUGCAAGGACUACGCUGGAUGCCAGUUUUAUUGGAGCGGUACAUCCCACGGGGCCCAGACGUGCCGCCUCUACACUGGCUGUGACAGCUUAGUGCGGGAGUUCGGCAUGGAAGGUGAUUUGCUGGCCUUGCCACAUAACGCCAGCUGCCAGGUGGCCAACCCCGAGGCAUGCUGGAAGACCAGUCUUCGAAGGCAAUUUCUGACGCAGACACAGGGCACCUCGCCCUCCUUCACGCGUGCGGCUGCUGUGGUGAAUCCCGGCGGUACCAGGUCCUGGACAGGGAACUCUACCAAGGGCUUGACUCGGGAAACGACCUACAUCGAGCCAUUUGGAGACUUGUCCACCAUCAAGCUGCUGGGAUGGUCCCGGAUGCAGAACAACAUGGGCAUCAUGCGGGAUGUUGCAGGCAUCUCCUCCGCCGUGGUGCAGGGCUUGAACCCCAAUAAGCAGUACAAGUGGUACAUCAGGCAGCUCCCCAACACCAACACUGUGAGCAACAAGCUCACCGUGAACCAUGGCAGUCAGAUGACUUUGUCUCAGUUUUCCCGGCGCCGGUACUGGAACAAGGAGGGCACUGUGGCAUCGACGCCGCGUGGUGAGAUUCUUAUGGACUUUGAGGCCAUCGACUACCCGCUGAACUCUUUCGUAGAGAAAAGCGGCGCAUCAAGAAGAAGAGAUGGCAUCGCCUCGUCAAGCUGCCGAAGGAGGUACAGGAUCACGCAUUGCUCCUGCAUCGCCGACAGUGGGGUCUGCACGGGCUCCAAGGUGUCUGGCUCCACUUGCUAUGCGUACGGCACCACGGAUGUCCACGGCACCACUGGCAAGUCAGCCUCGGUGCGGUCCCAGUCACAGUGCAUGUCCAUGACCUUCCUGAAGUCUCACCAGGUGAUCACCAGCGGUGGUCCCAGCUUUAGUUUCCUGGAGAGUGGAGUGAACGGAACAGUGGCAGAGGCAGUGGCAGAUGAGGCAGAUGAGGCAGAUGAGGACGACCGGGAGGUGAGUUUGGAUGCUGUGGGCACGGCUCGGGACGAGGACGAAGAAGACAUCGAAGACGAAGUGGACGUGGCGGACGAAGACCACGAGGGCCUGGAUGACGAGCACCUGGGCGAGCUUGACGAGCACAGCGAAGCCGAGAGCUCUGAUGCAGACAUGGCCGAAGAGGACGAGGAGUCAGAUCAGGAAGAAGGUUCCUCGGAGAGUGCCGGCACAGAGGGAUGGCGAAGGCGCAGACGCACUCUGCCCUCCUCGGUGUCCGCCUCCUGCCCCUCGGGUCAGUCCUGCAUGUGCUUUCCCGACACUUUCUCGGAGAAGGCGCACACUUGGACAAUCUCGCACCACUGCAAGGAGGUCUGGCUCAGUGGCGAGACGUGCCACGCCAAGGGCGGUUACGCCCAGGCAAUUUGUGCUGACAUCCCGGAGCCAGCAGCGCGAAGUUGGGGCACAGUCACGAAGAGCGGCAGCUAUGCGUCCAAUCAAGACUCGGGGCCUACCGCGCAGUGCUCCGGUGGCAAGGUCAUGACAGGCUGCUGGUGCAAGAGCACCAGCGGUCGCGGCGAUGGCUGUGCCCGAGUUUGGGUCGACAGCGGCAGCAACAAAUGCUAUGGAAGGACUGGUCCAGGAUCCGUGGAAUGUCUUCUCUUCUUAGUCUUUGCGGGCUUGUCCUUUUCGGGUUGGUACGCGGGCGUGGAAACGCUGAGCGAGCCUUGGUCUCGUAUUGCUCUGCAUAUUGAGAUGUUUGCCCGUUUGACUGCAAGCUGUUGGACGGAGCGGUUCCAGUCUUUCCGCGCUGCCCUGAAAGAGUCUCAUGAGACUCUGCACUGCGUGAACGGUGAUUGGUACAACACCUUGCAGGGGCCCGAGCUGACAAGCUUCGCAUGUGCACCUUGCGUGAAUGUUGCGGGGACUGGCUACUCCCAGUAUGCCAAGCGCAACGAACAGGGAGGCAACCCGGCGCAAGCAGAGGAGCUUUACUUCUUCAGCCGAAUGGCCAUGCGUGUCUACACUGAGCUGGGGUCCAUUGUAGAGACGGCUGCGGCAGCCCACAAGUUCUGCCUGAAGAAGAAGCCUGGUUCUUCGCAUGAGAUGAUGCUGGAGAACAGCCAGGAGUGCCCCGAGAUUUUGGCCAUCCAAACCGCUGGAUCUUCGGAGAUCCAGGAGCGUAUGAUGAUGCUUUUGGACGACGGUGCGCCAGACAACGGGCAAUGCUUGCAAGCUGUGCCUUCCGAUGAUGGCACGUCGCCCUCCAUGAAGCAUGCCACUUGCAAUGUGGAUGAGGAGCGCCAGGUCAUCUCCCCUAUGGCCAUACCCGGCAUCAUGUGGAGCAUGCAUGAAAGUGCCGAUCGCAAUACCGGGGAAGAUUUGCACAAGGCCUUCUCAUCCUACUGCGGCGCUCACGGUGCGCUGGUCAGCUUGUCUUAUGGGCAAAUUUUUGGUGGCGACAUCAGUGGCAUCAAGUCGAAGUGUCAUUUCGCGCCGGUGAUCAAGUUCGGGGUCUUCGUUGACAGCACCAUCACGUACGACAAGACUAGCAGCGAUUGGCCAGAUUGGAACACGCUCUUGGCAGACUCGCCCAUUCUUUGUGCAGACGGAGAGGCUUUGACAGGCUUCAAGCACCAGCCGGCCAGCAACAAGUUCAGGUAUGAAUGCAGCCGCAUUGGCGGGCUGGGCGCGAAGUACGAGUAUUUCAGUGCUCAGGUGGAGGUCAAGGUUUGGGACGCAAAGCGUUCAAACUUUCUCGAGUCUUUGAAGAUGAUCACCGUGGACUGUGGCGCCAACGGUCUUCUGAGCGGUUUCCACUUCGAGUUCUCCGAAGGCGGCCGCUGGGCACGCUCCAGGUACACCUGCUCCAAGGCGGGCGGGGCUCCAGUUGUCAUGGAGCCGUCCACCAAGAUCGAGCAAUUGACGCAAGCGCCCGAGGGUGUGUUCUGCCCUAGUGCAUUUGACCAGAGAACCGGUCGCUUCGAGUACGAGAACUCUAUUACUGGCGACACCCUGACCUUCCAGAGCAGCGGCGCUUGGUGCGUAGGUUCUGCGUGCUCUGUGCCCCUGGGCGGAGCUGAUCCCAUCGGCGUUUCCAUGCCCGGCUUCGAGGUGCUGAACGUCACAGACUUUGCCGGGGAAUUCGAAGCCAAGGGAAUCCCCAAGACGAUGGAAGGCGAGGGCGCUGGCAACUUGGCCAAGCAGCUCAAGAAGCUGAAGCCGCCGAAGCGGCCAGCGCAGCCGCCAAAGCCCAAGCUGCAGGACUUCAAGGCCAAGCAGCCCGAGUACUCCGCGGAAUGCUUGGACUACCAGGACUUGUGGAAGAAGGUUGUGGAGACGCACAUAAACGAGGCAAAGGAACCCGUGACGGAGGAGGCUAAGCUGGAGGCUGAUCCUGGCACGGAAGGCGAAGAGCUCUUGGAUUACCACCCUUGCGCAGUUGCCAAGUCUGCAGGCGGCAUUUUUGGCAGGAUGGCUGGGCAGAGCGGCAAGAUGGCUCCAGAGAACAUGUUGUACUCGGAUUGGAACGACUGCAUGCAGGGUGACAUCAAUAGAGACCUGGUGUCAGCACAGCUUGGAUAUGCCGAAACAGCAUAUGACUUGGUGGGGAAUGCGAUUCAGGAGGGGAUCAAGCUGGUGUGCGCAAUGCCUCCUGAUGUUGAGAUCGCCCCACUGGGUGCUGGAGCAGAGGUCGAGCCCGACAGCAUUUGCGAUCAGGUCACGGAUUUUGUCCGAAGCAUGAUAGACUUGCCCGUUGGCUUCGGCUUCGCAGGCAAUGCCUACGCGCUGGAGGAGGAAGGCUUCAAUGCCUGCAACCCGCUGCAGGUUGGCUUCUCGCGAGUCUUUUGCGACAUCCACUGCGUGCGAGAUGCCGUGAUCCGGGGCGACCGCACCAUCAUCCGCAAUCUCGAGGAGGCCACGAAGAUCUCAAACGACAACAUGAAGAAGAUGGUGGAGUGGUCUACAGAGGCCAACCGAGUUGAGACCGAGUACCUGGACAAAAAGAUCGACCACUCCUUGAAGGUGAACACAAUCUAUUUGGAGCACAUUGCCCAGAAUACUCAGCCGGCUGAGCAGUUGGUGCUGAAGAAUGCCGCAACCGCCACUCAGGCCAUGCUGAAGGAGAUGCGCGGCUAUGCUGAGGCCGCCUCCUUCAACGCGGCUGGUCGGCAUGCUGCGCGCAGUGCGCUGAGCAACUUCCUGAAGACCGCGCAGAUGCUGAAUACGAAUGCCUCACUGAGCCAGGAGAAAAAAUGAAAAGAAGCCAAGUGGCCAUAGAAGGGCAAGCCAUCGCUGUGGAGCGCAACAAAUGGCCAGAUCUUAGAUUUGGAGACCCGGAUGGCAAUGUUUUUGCCCCAUAUGAACAGCCGGCCAAGCCCUGCGGCCUGUCAGGUGCAGGACUUCCAGAAUCAAGUGCAGUCUCUGCACGGCGCUUUGCAGAUGACGGGUGGCGGCUUGUCGCACGCCCAGGUGGUGGGGCGGCAAAUCAACCACGAGGUGCGGCAGCUGCAGCAGCGCUUCACUCGGCAGGAGCGGUCCUUGGGCGUAUACCGCAGGCACAGCACGGAGGUGCACCAAACGGCCAAGGGUUGGAAGCGCGGCACCAGAGAGGCGUUGCUAGCUUUGGAUCACAUUUGGUGGCGCCUACGCAGCCGACUGGACGCCUACCUGGAUGUGGCGGAGUCGGAGGUGCAGCACUUCCAGGCAUCCUUCCAGGCCCUGGGCAGCUACCAAGACUGCAAGGCGGGCUUCGAGGACCUGCUGCACAGCUACGGCGCCAGUGUGGCCAAGAUGCACAAGAGCCACCGACUGCUGAAGUCCACGUGGCGCGAGGUGGCCAACCUCCUGGGCGAGUUGGCCGCUGUGAUCCGUGACGGUGGCGUGUUCCACACCUUUGCCGCCGCGGAAGGCUGCAAGUCCCCACUGGCCAAGCAGACGCUGCAGCAAGCGCGCUUUGCGGUGCAGGGCGCCAUUUUCUUGCUGCACCGCUUCCAGGCUGCCAGCUUGCCGCCUCCCGACGUCACAGUUUUGAAGGACUUCUCGGCACAGGUGAAGCGCUCGUACGAGGAAGCCCACAAGAAGUGCCAGAAGUAAAUGGCUCGCCGGCUAUAUCGGUGAAUAAUUCGACUAAAUUUCAAUAGAUGUGUACAUUGAAAUGUCCAGAAGCCUGGUCUGCGACGGCAAUCUCGCAGUUUACAGCCCCGCGCUAUAUCGGUGCAUAGUUCGACAAAGUUUCAAUAAAAUUGCAGCUUGGACAAGCGGGUCAGACGC